GAGUCGACUGGUCUAACCACCAGAGGAGCCCUGUACACACCCGACUUCCACCCUGUGGCUUCUGUAUGUGUGCAGUCCUCCAUUCUCAGCUAUUUGGAGCGCUAGUGUGGAUUUUGGUAGCUGCCACCAGGGUUCCUCUGCCGCUACUGCAGGGAUGGGUGAUGUUUGUGUCUGUGACUGCUUGUUUCCUGUCCAUCCUCUUUCUAUGUGUGUUCCUCUUCAGCUACACACACAGAAUUGCUGUUGACUGGAACCAGAUGGAUUUCCUUUUCCAUGGAGCUACUUUUGUCUUUUACUUUGGAGCCUUUUUAUUACAAGCAGCAACAACAUCUCUACAUAAUUUCCCACGUAGAUUCAACUCUACCCAGGAAAAGCUUUUAGAUGAUCAUGAAUAUAACAUAAGCAUAGCUGCCUCUAUUUUUGCCUUUGCGACGACUAUUUGUUACGGUUGCAGCACAGCCCUUGCUUUAAGGAGAUGGAAACUAUAGCACUCGAGGAGGUUAAUGGCACAGUGUUCCUGUUUGGUUCGUGUAAUUGUGCGGAAGAUCAAAUUAAGUUCUACAUGUCUGUCAAACUAUAAUGGAAUUCCUAAAAGACUUUUUGGCAUAACAUUAUUUUACAGCACCAAAAUGCAAAUAACCCAAUUCCAGGAUAAUUACUUUAAUUGAGAAUUAGUUAUCAUUUAUUCCCUUUUUAUUUUAUUUUUAUUGUGUAUUAAAUUAGAAGCAUUAUUUUUUCUCUCUGGGUGCAUCUACACGUGUGCUUUAAUGCAGAUUAGCCUAUUGUAAUGCACAUUAAAGCAUCACAGAAAACCUGUGCUCUUUAGCUAAUGCGCAUUAAAAUAGGCUAAUGUGCCUUUCUCUAGUACCUCACAGUGGAGGUACUAAAUUUAAUGCGCAUUACCUAAAGCAAAUUAAUGAACUGUAGACACAACCUCUGUAUAGUAUUACAUGGAUUAGAGAUAGCCGCAUCAUUAGCAGACAAUUGAGUUUUGGUGCUAGUCAGUUAAGAGGAAGGAAACAAACUGAACCAAUGUACAGGCAGCUAAAAGGUACAACUUGUAGAGCCUGUGGUUGAUUACUAAAUAACUGGAAGGAUCAGAAUCUAAACUGACUUUUGUGACAUUAACAUUUUUCACUAAUAUUUGGCUUAAAAGUUUUAAAUACCCAUCCAGGACAAUCUUAUAAUACACUGCACAGCCGUAUCAGAUAGUGAUAAUCUGAUCUUUUAGUAUUAUUGUAUUCCUUAGUAAAUACGUAUUGUUUGAUACUGUUGGUCAGUAGUAUCGUCACAGAUUUAGUUUCAUCAAACCUAUUUAUACUGCAAAGCAAACAGUGCACUUGUGCUGUAUAUAUUUGUAUAUGUGGAAUGUUCUUGUUUAAAUAGAGGUAUUUGCACUGUUUCACCUUGUUGGGGGUACAGUUUUAACUUUAUAGUGCUGCAUUUGUUAAUUAUGUGAAUCAAAUGAUUUGAAUGGAGUAUUAACACAUGUUGAUUAUUGUCUGACCUCAAUUCUUACAAUGCUUUACUUGUUGCAUCCAGUGUUGUAAAGCAGGAAUCAGUAACAUUUGGCCUGCGGGCUGGAUCUGGCCCAUGGAUCUUGGCCUGUGCCUGGCAGCGAGGAGUUGUGCUAGGGCUGGGCAGCUGGAAGCUGCACGUCAGCCACUACCACUUCCUGUAGCCUCCCACUUCCUCCUGGCCGUGGUGUGGGCACAGCUUCUUACUGGUGGAGAGUUGUGCUGCAGCUUGAGUGGUGUGGGGCAGGUUGAGAACCAAAGCCAGGUUGGUCCAGCCUGCAGUUUGUUAAAGGUUGCUGGCUGCUGUUGCAAGGGAGUCUUUAGAGAGACAGGUCCUAACUUAAGGAUCUACUAGGAAUGAUGUUUUAAUCAAGUUGUGAUAGCCCAGUUAUGUAGUGAAAUGAAAUAUUUAUAAAUGCAUUAAAAUUAACUUGGCAAAGGUUUUUUACAUAAUUUUACUCCCCGCCCCAACACUAGGCCCAUUUGGCAGAUAAUGAGGUAUUUCUGAAAGAAUCUUUAGGAGCUUUAGUGCUUGUGAAAAGUGCCAAAAGUGAAAACUGAAGAUACUUCAUUGUUCCCAGAAUAGUAACUAAUUUCCCUAUAGCUUGCCAACAUGUCUUAAAUAUCUGCAGAGACCACCUCUAGUCAGGGAGAGGAGACUGCUUUCUUGUCUACUCAGUCUCAGCAUGCCAACAAGGUUGCCAGUUGUGAAGAUAGUUUUUGCUACAUAGGCUCUCUUCAGAGAUCCUUUUCUGAAGCAUCAUAAACAGUAAGUUUUCAGUCACAAUUAACCUGAGCCAAAUUCAUACCAGUUAACUAUACGUGAAUGGCAGCCUUUAAGACCCCAAGCCAUUCAAGCCCUUCCUGAAUUCUUGUAAUAAAUCAAUUUGGUACAUUUUAUUCUCUGGAAUUCUUGUCUUCUUAGAUCUUUCUACUCUGCCUAAAUUUCCUAAGUUUGUAAUAUAAAUUUGGAUGCAACUAAAAGUUUUGUCUAGUACCAUAUGGUAAAAACAAGUUCCUAUACUUUGUAUUGUAAAAUAAAACUUAUACUAGAAUGUAUGGAUGAAAGGGGUUGGCUCCCCAGAGUAUAACAGUGACUUUCACUGAGCAGCAUUAAAGUGAUUUCAUACAGUG